AGCAUCCAGAUCUUAUUACAUUACAGCCGAAAGAAGUUUCCUCUCUUUCUCUCUCUCUUUUACACAGUUUCCUCUCUCUCUUAUUUCGAGGUGAGGAAUUUGCGGGAAAGAAACGAAACCCAGACAUGAAUUGGGUGAAAGAAAAGAUAACAAGGCAACCCCACGAUAAUUCGCCAUGAAAGCUCCUCACUUGAGCUUCUUCUACUUCCUCACACUGUUCCUCUUCCUAUCCAUCCCAGUCAACACUGCAAAAAGGGUCAAUAGUAGUACCAGCGCUAAUGAAUCUGGCACAAGAAGAAUUCUGCACCAGCCAUUAUUCCCGGCGAGUUCGGCACCACCACCACCACUUCCGGUGGAGACUCCGCCCUCUCCGGAAGGCGGAAACAUCCCCUUCUUCCACGAGUACCCGGCGGGUCCCCCACCGGAUCAGAGCCAAGCAGCCCCGUCGGGUUCCAACACUUCAAUUGCAAACCCAACUGCGACACAACCCACAAAGGGAACAAAGAAAGUAGCAAUCGCGAUCUCAGUGGGGAUUGUGACCCUUGGAAUGCUCUCAGCGUUGGCCUUCUUUUUGUACAAACACAGAGCCAAACACCCGGUGGAGUCUCAAAAACUCGUCGCUGGGAGUGGGAAUAACAAUAACAAUAGCAAUAUCUCAAACAGAAACGAGGUUGAUUCAACUGCGCCACCGUCGAGUUUCCUCUACAUUGGGACAGUGGAACCCACGCGAGCCUCUACCAACGACUCGCGAGACAACAGAGAUGUUAAUAAGGCCAACAGAUCGCCGUAUCACAAGCUCAAGCGAUCCGAUCGCUACCGUCCAAGUCCUGAGUUGCAGCCAAUGCCGCCGCUCAGUAAGCCUCCCGACGGAAACUACCCGCCGGCGGUCUCCUCCUCAUCUGAGUCCGAUGAGGAAAGCCGCGGCACGGCGUUUCACUCGCCGCAGAACUCGUCGGUUGAUGGAUACUAUACGCCGGCUUCGCGGCAGAGCUCUCUUGUCAACGGUAGUCCUGCGAAGCGUGACACGAAUUCCACGCCCACACCCGUUGUUCCGUUUUCCAAGAGAACUUCGCCCAAGUCACGCCUUUCGGCACCCUCGCCGGAGAUACGCCACGUCAUCAUUCCGUCUAUAAAGCAGCCCCCUCCACCGUCGCCGCCGCCACCUAAGCAUUCCAGAAAGCCGAAAUUUUCGGCGCCUCCCCCACCUCCGAAUUUGAAGCAUCUUCAGUCAACAACCGACACUGUUUCGCAUGUGUCAAAGAGUUUAAUCAAUCCUCCACCACCACCUCCACCUCCGCCUCCUCCACCGCCGCCGCGAAAAUCAGUGUCUCCGGCUGUUAGUGCUUCCUCUAAUUCUGCAUCUGUAAAGAGGCAGUCUUGGUCACCAAUUGAAGGUAGUGUGACGAAAGGUUCAGAAGAGGUUGAACAGAGUGUGAGCUCUUCCGAGAGGCUUGAACCCAAUGACAGGGAUGGAACCAAACCAAAAUUAAAGGCUCUGCAUUGGGAUAAAGUGCGUGCGACCUCAGACCGUGCUACAGUGUGGGACCAGAUAAAAUCAAGCUCGUUUCAGUUAAAUGAAGACAUGAUGGAAUCGUUGUUUGGAUGCAAAGCCACCAAUUCUGCCCCGAAAGAGCCUCCCAAAAAAUCAGUUCUUCCUUCGGUUGAUCAUGAGAACAGGGUGUUAGACCCGAAGAAGUCACAGAACAUAGCUAUACUGCUCAGGGCUUUGAAUGUGACCAGAGAGGAGGUGUCUGAAGCUCUUUUAGAUGGGAAUCCUGAAGGUUUGGGCACUGAGCUAUUGGAAACACUAGUAAAGAUGGCUCCGACUAAAGAGGAAGAGAUAAAGCUUAAAAACUACGAUGGUGAUCUCUCAAAACUGGGAUCUGCAGAAAGGUUUCUUAAAGCAGUGCUUGAUAUCCCUUUUGCCUUUAAAAGAGUUGAAGCUAUGCUAUAUAGAGCCAACUUUGAUUCAGAAAUUAACUACCUUAGAAAGUCUUUUCAAACCAUGGAGGCUGCAAGUGAUGAAUUAAAGAACAGCCGCUUAUUCCUCAAACUCCUUGAAGCUGUUCUAAGGACGGGAAACAGAAUGAAUGUUGGCACUAAUCGAGGGGAUGCUAAAGCUUUCAAACUGGAGACACUCUUGAAACUAGUAGAUGUAAAGGGAACAGAUGGAAAAACCACAUUGCUCCACUUUGUGGUCCAAGAGAUCAUUAGAUCUGAAGGUGCAGGAGCUGAAUCUGCAAACGAGAAUGUGAAAAUGGAUUCCAAAUUUAAUGAGGAUGAGUUUAAGAAGCAAGGAUUGCAAGUUGUGGCAGGACUUAGUAGAGAUCUUAGUAAUGUAAAAAAGGCAGCUGGAAUGGAUUCAGAUGUCUUGAGCAGCUAUCUUUCAAAGCUUGAAACAGGGCUUGAUAAAGUGCGAUUGGUUUUGCAAUAUGAAAAGCCAGAUGUGCAUGGCAAUUUCUUUAACUCUACGAAGCUAUUUCUAAAAUAUGCUGAAGAUGAAAUUGUAAAGAUUAAAGCGGAUGAGAGAAAAGCUUUGUACCUUGUAAAAGAAGUCACGGAAUACUUUCAUGGUAAUGCAGCAAAGGAAGAAGCCCACCCUCUCAGAAUUUUCAUGAUUGUAAGAGACUUUCUGUGUAUUUUGGAUCUAGUGUGCAAAGAAGUGGAGAAAAUGCAUGAUAAAAUUGUUGGUGGUUCUGGCAGAUCUUUCCGAAUACCGCCAAGUGCAUCAUUACCCGUUCUCAAUAGGUACAACCAUCCAAAGCAUGAUAGAAGCUCGGACGAGGAAAGUUCAUCCCCCUAGUGUGUGAAUACGAAAGAAACCACAGUCUUUCAGAAUAACAGGCAAAGUAAAGGAAUGCUUUUCGAUAGCCACCUUCCCAGGAUUGGAUUCAUUGGGGCCAUUUCAAUUGUAAUGGUGGUGAAAAGACAACCCUCCGUGAGACUGAACAUCAAACACUCAAAACUCCAAAAUGCAUGGUGGUGAUGGGGUUAAGAAACUGAACUCGCUGGUUUCCCAGUAUACAGAAAUGGGAUGCAAAGGUUCGUGGCAUCCUCAUCCUACUUCGUAUGAAGCAUAAAUAAAAUUUUAAAUGGGAAGUGCAGUGAAUGCGUCAUUUUGUUUCUUCUCCAAUACAUAUUCUACAGUCAAAAUAGAUUUUAUUAGGUCAGAGCUCCACACAAUUGUCAUAUUGUAGAACGUUUCGAUUGCACUUAAGAGGCUCCUAUAUGUAUUUUUUAAAUCAAUUAUAAAUAAUAAAUAUCAAUUUUGCAGCAA